AUGUGGCCCGUUGUCAUCCUCCUCUUCGGGGGAGGCAUCCUGUUCGCCAAGAAGGGAAUGAACUACCUGAAAAAUCAGAAGAUCAAUCCCAGCAGUAAAAAUUUCUUUGCCCCCUCUGGAUUUAACAGAAGCUUAGGGAACCUUUUUUUAAAAAAUGACAUGAGGGGGUUUGAGAGAAACAUGUCCAAGUCAGAGGCGUACAAGAUACUGAAUAUCAACCCGACUACCAAUCGGGACCGAAUUAGGGAAGUUCACAAACAGCUGAUGCUGAAGAAUCACCCGGACAACGGGGGUAAGGGCGAUGAGGCGUAA